AUGCAAGCCACUAAACUGAAUAAUUUGAAGUCUUGCAAGGGCACUCCCUUCUGGAUGACUCCUGAGGUGUUUGCUAGAACUAUAAUUUGCCAGGAUUUGGAUGUUGCAACAAGAGUUGUCCGCACAGAUGGUCUUGACUACAUUACUUUGGAAGGUGACCAAGUGAGCAAAAAAGGUGGCAUGACUGGUGGAUUUUAUGAUUAUAGAUGCUCAAAACUGAGGUUCAUGAGCACUGUUAGGCUUAACACAAUUUCUAUCAGCGAAAAGCAAAAUGAAUUAGAGCAAGUGGAGUUGACAGGCUUCUGGGAACAAAGUUUCCUUCACUGUCCUGUUUCUCUUUUCUCACAAAUAGACCAGAAAAUUAAUGAACUUGUGGCUGAACAACAGAAAAAUGAUGCUAAGUUGGAUCAUGACAAAUCUGAGCUAGAACAGUUUAGGCAGGAUAUUGCAAAUGCUGAGAGACGGAAACUUUCCAUUUCUAAAGCUCUUGCGAAAAAGAUACUAGAUACAAAUCCCCAGCUCUUUUUCCAUCUCCAAAAGCAAAGGUUGAUGGAACUGAUAAGGAAUGGGAAGGUGGAAGAAGCUUUAGAGUUUGCUCCAAAGGGAGAGGAAAAUGACUAUGUAAGAAGCGUUUCAACUCUUCAUUUAUUCCCAACCAUAAAUCAAGCAAGAGAGUAUUUUGAAGAUGUAGAUCGCACAUGGGAAACUUUUGAAAACUCACUAUGGGGCCAUAUUUCCAACUUCUUCAAACUUGCUAAGGAGAGUGCUGCAGUACACUUCUUUCCCAUUCUUGUUAAUAUCUCUCAUGAUUUUUCUGGUAUUGUUUGUCUUUUGCAACCCUCAGACUCUGGUUCGUGCUACAAGAUGGGGGAAGAACUUGGAGAUAUAUACGAUUAUGUGGCUCCUUGCUUUCCUCCGAGAUAUGAAAUUUUCCAGCUUAUGGUAAACCUUUAUACUGAGAGGUUUAUUCAGUGGCUGAGAAAGCUAAGUGACCAAGCUAAUAAUCUGAAAAAUAUAGAGAUUUUAAAGGUAACUGGCUGGGUAGUGGAAUACCAAGAGAAUUUAAUUGCACUUGGAGUUGAUGAGUCUUUGGCUCAAGUUUGUUCUGAGAGUGGUUCAAUGGAUCCCCUCAUGAAUGCUUAUGUUGAGAGAAUGCAGGCAACAACUAAGAAAUGGUACCUGAACAUUCUUGAGGCAGAUAAAGUACAGCCACCAAAAAAGACUGAUGAUAGUCCGUAUUCUAUCCACGACAUAAAUGAGCUCGAGAGCAUUGGUCAAAGUUCUUCUUUUCCGAGUGCUUAUAACUUUUAUUUUAUUGAUAAAAAGUAUUUGUUUUGA